AAAACUAAGUCAUUUUUAACUUUCGCUUGAGUCAUUUCUUCUUCCGGUGACAUGGACCGUCAGCGGGGUGACGUCAGAGGGCGUGUCCAACCAAAGGACAGAAGAGACUCCACAAUGGGAGACAGUUUUUAUGAGCAGCUGGUGGAGGACAGCGCCUUCCUGCGGGCUGACUACAGACUGGACACGGAGCUGGUGGACAAAAUCAUCCUGCAGCUCAACAGAAUCUACCCGCAGGUCCUCACUGACAAGGAGGCCACCCGAUUUCGAAACUUGGAUGUGCCCACCAGUUUUCGAGUGGGUGAGCUGGUCACACAUCUGCAGGGGAAAGGUGAGGAGGCAUGCAGGGAGUUCUACAGGGCUCUGCACUUGCACGUGGAGGAGUUAUACUACAGCCUUCCCACGCGGCUCCGCCUCAGAGAUUCUUUUGAUCCACUUGCACAUCCACCUGUCUACCAACAGAAGCACUCUCUGAAUGAAAGAGGUCCCCACUUCUUUCUGGGCUGCUUCAGUGUUGCUGUUGGAAUGGCUUUACUGUAUUACUUCAGUGAGGCUAAAGUGGCAGGAGGCAGUCGGGCUCUCGGGAUGGCCGCUCUGGGUCUGAAGAAGAAAGCUCAGGAGGUUCUUAUUUGGUACACGGAAGAAAGCCUCAUGUCAUAAGAAGUGAUGCCGUCACACCAGGUGCUUCAGCAGGACUGCGCUGAUGAAUUAUAAUCAUACCAAAGCCCAGUACAUGAUACGUUUCAGUGGGUUCAAAGCUCAUUUUAUACAUUUUUAUAUUAUUCAGUCACAAUUGACAAUUUUCGCUGUUUAUACAAGUUAACAGAAUAAAUGCACUCCACUUAAAUCAGGAAUAUGAUUAUUCGACAUAGUAAGAUAAUUAUUGUCAGGUCAUGAAACUACUAAAUGUUGACACUUGUGGAGAUGUAUACAAAACCUUUUUUUAGUGCAUUUCCUUUCCACUUUAUUGUGACUACUGGCUCACUGGGUUCUGUGUUCAUUUUUGUUUGAAUAUGAGCAGACAUAUUUUCUACUUGAACAUUACCACCAUCUUGUGGACAUAAGCGGAACUACAGCUACAAAGUGCCUUUUUCCUGGUUUAGUAAGAGCUCGACGCUCUACUGUUCAAAUCAGUUUAAGUUUAAGUUAUUUUUUGUAUGACUUGUCAAAAAAUAUAGCAAUUAACGUCUACGCCGUGACAUUUUUUUCAGACGAACUCAAUGUCCGCUUUUAAACCAUGUGAACACGUCAACGGAUAACGCCCCACUUUGUCGCAAUGUAUUGUGGGUAUAAAACGACACAAAUAAAUUCAAAUACAAACGUCAAAACCGUGGAAUAUUGAAGCUGGAAAUGUUACACAACCGUUUGUGUGUUUGUGAGCACAAACAUGCAACUGUUUUAAAAGAGAUAACAAAAAAAAGCAACUACACCAUGACAGAGACCGAGUUGUAUAAUUGAGUGUAUUUAUAGCGACGGGUGACGGUGCUACGGAUGUGUUGUAUGAAAGGAGAGAAGGUUAGCACUCCCCUUGACAAGGAUGGAAGAGGUCACAUGACCUUCAACACAUAUACGGUUAAGGCAUUGCCACCUACUUCGUGGCAUCUCUAACCAAGUUUUUUAUGCAUACUAAUAAUGUCAGAUUUAUAAACUAACACUUAUUUAACUUUAACUGUUUCUUUCCGUCAAAGCAGGUCUGUUAUUUACAGCAGCGUGUGCACUACUUUACAACAGGAAACUUGCCUGAAAGUUUUCCUCAUGUCUGCGUUUCCUGUCGAAUCAGCCCAAGAGGAAAACUUUUUCCUGUUGGCCGGUGAUAGUAUGUAACACACUGCUGAAUACACAAUGAACAUAGGCCUGUGUCUGUGCACGCCUGUUUUAAGGAAACAAAGCAGUGCAAAAAAUGUACCCUGAAAUUAAACCAAUAAAAUGUUUGCAGUCUGUAAACUGUUUCAUUAAAACAGUUUUGUUACCAAGUAUUUCUAAGCAAUGGAGGUCCAUCUUUAGGUUUUCAAUAUAAUGUAAUAUCGGGAACACCUAAUAUCAUCUUUAAUGGACGGGACAGUGAAGCAUAAAAGGGGAAUAGAACCCAGCUCUACCAACUGAGUUAUCCGGCGCUCCUUUUUACAGCGUUUUUUUAAAAAAAAGGGAAUUUUGAUGGUGGUUAUCAACAUAUUUAUAUAUACAUAAAUGCAAUAAUAUCUACUCAUCGAGCUGCGCCUGAGAGUGUCAUGUCCAUUGUGGAUUUUGUUAAAUGCCUUACAUUUACAUCAGUGCCAUCCUUUGUGAGAUUUUUGUCCAUGUACAAUAAAAGAAAUAUAUGCACGAAACAAGGCA